GCAGGACUGAUAGGAUGUUCUGGUGACAGAUCCCCACUCGGUGUUUCAAAUCCAGUAAUUGAAAAUGUUGAUAUGCAUUGUUUGUAUAUUAGCACAAACCACGGAUCAGUGUAACUGAAUUCCUCCCUGGCGCUCAUGUUCCUUCUGACUCUCUUUGAUACAUGCAGAAGAUGAGUUAUUUCAGAGCCCUUCCUGUCUAAAUUUUGCUCAGGUGCUUCACGUGCGUACAGGCUAUGUGACUGCACCAGCUGAUCUGAGCUUUCAUUGCUGAACGGUUUACUGACAUGGACUUCCCUAGGAAUUGUUCAUUUCUGGGCCACGCAUUGGCAAACUGCUAGCCUGUAGAGCCUCUUCCGUGGCACUUUGAAGGUGGAGCUCCUUGGCCGGCAUCUUUCUGUUUCUCCCUGGGAAGGAAAGAGAACCCGGUCGAUGUUGGGAAACAGCAGCAGCAACAGGAGCCCCAACAGUACAGACUGCAGACUGGCCUUUGCUGGAGAGGUCUGCCAGCUGCUCUUCAUGGUCCUCCUGAUCGUUGCUAUCACCCUUGGAAACCUGGUGAGUCUCCUGGUUUUCUUCUGUGUAAGGCAAUUCCAAACCCCCCAAAGCUACCUAAAGGCCUCUUUGGCUCUUGCUGAUUUGGCUGUGGGGCUCAUUGUAGUACCUUACUCAGUUUAUCAGGAGGCGAACAUGUUGGCCUAUGGGACACGGCAAGAGAGGAGUCCAGCUGGCUGGCCAGCCUGUUUGAUCACUGGCCCUAUCUUUGCAGGGUGCACCUUCGUCUCAAUCAGCACCAUAUUUCUGCUUUCCGUGGAGAGGACUAUCGCUGUGCUGAAGCCCCUGCACAGGAAAGCUGUGAUUACCAAGCGCAGAAUCACUUGGUUCAUUCUGGGAUCCUGGAUGCUGAGUUUUUCCUUGGCAGUGACACCUCUGCUCUCAAUUCCGAAUAUCACCUUCGAGUACAAUUCCUGCAGUAAGAUGUGCAACUAUGGCUUUCCUCCAGACAAGUUGUUGAAGUCCAAUUGGAACGUCAUGCUCCUGUACCCAGUAUUUGACUUCACCCUCUUGGGUGGCACUUUUGUUGUCAACACCAUCACAUUUGCCACCCUCCGGCAGUACCACAAGAUGCGGAAGCAACUGAGAGAAGAGCCCCAGGCAGGCAACAGGCUCACUUAUUCAGAUGCCACUGCUGCCAAGACCAUUGGCAUCCUGACCUUUGCGUUCUCUGUUUCUUUUGUUCCCAUUGCUGUAUUUGUUGUGGGCACAGUGAUGGGCUAUGAGUGGUGCCAGUUCUCCUUCUAUGCUUUCUGGAUCCUUGCUUCCAACAGCUGUUGGAAUGUGGCUAUCUACAGUGUUUGGGACCCCAAGUUCCGGCAAGGGGUUCGGGAGAUGUUCUGCAAACAAAUGCUGAUAGCCACCUCCCAGCAGCAUCCCAGUCACUCGCUGGAAGGGCACAGUUCUGCCCCUGCUUGUGUGGUGGUCCUCAAGGAGAUGCUCCGCCCAGAGACUAGCUAGUGGCAGAGUUGGUAUCUGCCGUUUUGAAAUAGGUGACUGCUUUGUCCGUGCCUCUGAGCAGUCUGGGUUUUUAGCUGGAGAUUCUGGGUUUUUCAAUAACCAUUUUCCUAUUCAGCUGUUGCAGCUUGAUGGAAUGGCUUUUCCCCCAAAGUAUGUGCCUUCUUAAUGCCAGAUUUUUCUUUCUGUUCAUUGGAUUGGAGCCCGUUGACCUUUGUACAGCAAAUGUAGAAUGAAUUUAUGAGGAUGCCUUGCAGUGUUGGAAACACAUUGCACUUUUAAAAAUUGCUGCUAGAUGAAUACCUUAAUGCAGAGCAGCUAUUUAUCCGUAAUUCAUAGUCCAUAUAAAGAUAUCAGCAAUCCGGGUUCCGAUUUAGAGGAAAAAAUGUGAAGAGAAAGA